AGCGGAAAUCAGAAGUGCAAGUGUGAAAGCCUGGCUGCUGGCUUUUCCUCUGGGAAGGAAAGCUUUUGCCUGGGGGUGCAAGAGGUCUGGGGGGGGUGAGAGGGAUGCGCCCACACCCCUUGGGUGUAAGCGGCCGCCAGCACAUUUGUUGUGGCCCUGGGGCCCCCCCGAGCUGUCCCCCCCCUCACGGCUCACCUCCCCGGGGCCAAAGCCACCAGGCGUGUGUGGCACGGAGCAGUCCAGUACGCAUGGGGAGCACAACCCAAUGAAACCUCCCCGGGUAAUUAAUGACGCUGUGAUUAACGACGGCAAUUAAUUGAUUAAAAACCAAUUAGCACCGUGGGGCCCGAGGAAAACCCCCAUGGGGCCCUGUAGGGCUGCCCCACUCCUCUGGGCACUGUUUCAGCCCUGCCCGCCAAUUCUGUGCCCCUGACCAAGGGGGGCUCCCCGUGGCUCCAUCCCAUCCCCACAGCCUUGGGUGGGCGCCUCAAACCCCCCUGCUCGGUGAGGGGGGGUGUUGUCAGAGCAGCAAGCCUGCUUUUAAUGUCCCCAAAAUGCUUGGGGACAAGGGGACCCGUCGGCACGAGCACCUGGAUGCGUGCACACCUGCUGCGUGGUGAUGGAGCCACGCACAGGGGAGCACGGAGCCCCCAAAGGAGCGGGGUGUCUGCAGGGGGCGGGUGCAGGCAGCACCCUUGGGUGCCCCUACACACCCCGAACCCCCACCCUGGGGCAGCGCAGCCUCUUCUCUACGGCCUCCGCCGCUCAGCCUCCGCCUGCAGCCUCCGCACAUCCUGCGCCCUCCGCGAGGCCGCUUCCUGAGCGGGGCAGGAAGAGCGCGGGCUGCCACGGCGCCUCGCAGGGGAGCCCGAGACCCCCGGGGCGAGCCCCGGCCCCACGCAUGGAGGUGGCCGCUGGCCCCCCCUGAGCCCCCAGCCCCAUGGCUUUCCUCCGGAGGCUUUUCCGCUUGGGUCCGGAGAAGAAGAAGCCGAGGCGGUGCGAGCAUGUCAAGCGGGACGUCGACCCCGAGGAGGCCUGGCUGGUGCUGGGCGAGCUGGGCGACGGGGCCUUCGGCAAAGGUCUUCAAGGCACAAAACAUGCGACGGGGGCGCUGGCGGCGGCGAAGGUGAUCGAGACACCGAGCGAGGAGGAGCUGGAGGAUUACGUGGUGGAGAUCGAGAUCCUGGCGGCUGCGACCACCCCAACAUACACCAAGCUCCUGGACGCGCUCUACUGGGACGGGCGGCUCUGGAUCUUGGUGGAGUUUUGUCCCGGCGGGGCCGUGGAUGCAGCGAUUUUGGAGCUGGAGAAGGGCCUGACGGAGGAGCAGAUCCGAGCGGCGUGCAAGCAGCUGCUGCUGGCGCUGCAGUACCUGCACGCUGCAAGUAUCCACCGCGACGUGAAGGCCGGCAACGUCCUACUCACCCUCGAUGGGGACAUCAAGCUGGCCGAUUUCGGCGUCUCUGCGAAAAACUCCAGCACCAUCCAGCGCCGGGUUUCCUUCAUUGGCACCCCAUACUGGAUGGCCCCGGAGGUGGUGCAGUGUGAGACGUCCAAGGAGAACCCUAACGGCUACAAGGCCGACAUCUGGUCCCUGGGCAUCACGCUGAUCGAGAUGGCCGAGAUGGAGCCCCCCCACCACGAGCUGAAACCCCCUGCGGGUGCUGCUGAAGAUCGCCAAGUCCAGCCGCCCACCCUGCGUCACCCCAAGAGGUGGUCCGAAGACUUUAAGGACUUCCUGAGGAAAUCCUUGGAGAAGAGCCCCGAGGCGCGCUGGUCGGCCACGCAGCUGCUGCAGCACCCCUUCGUGGCGGGCGUCUCCGACAAGCGGCCGCUGCGGGAGCUGGUGGCCGCGAGCCGGGCAGACGUGCUGGAGGAAGAGGAUGAGGAGGAAGCUCCGGUCCCCUCGGUGCCUGUCCAGGAGCACGGAGGCUCCUCCUGCCCCCCAUCCCCGAGGGGGCCCCUUGAGCAUCAGCCCCCCAGCCCCAGCAGGGGGGCUCGGCGAGGAGCCCCCCAUCCGGACGGAGGUAGUGCCCAGGAGCAAGACAGCCUCCGCCCCGGUGCCGGCAGAAGCCCAAAUGGAAGAUGGCGUUGGGGAAGGGCGUUUGGCUGGAGACCCCAACGCAGCGGGGGAUGCAGCCAGCCUGGCCGAGCCGAUGCCGGUGGGAGAGGAGCUGGAAGCAGCCCUGCAAGAGGGGGACCUGUCGGUGAGGGAGCCAGAAUGCAGCAGGGGAUUCAUCCAGUGUGGAGAUCCCGGGGGCGCCUUAAAGAAGCGGAAGAGAAAGCAGAGAACAGCCCCAGAGACAACAUGCCAGGGGAUGCUAAUGGGAACGGCUGGAGGGGACACGAUGGGGACGACGGAGAGCUCGGAGAUGGGGCACAGCUCGGAGAUGGGGCACAGCUCGCUCCAGCUCCUGGAGGGCCUUUGAGGGAUGGACCCGAAGAGGAGGUUGGCGCCUUGGAGAGUCACGGAGCAGUGCCAGAGCCCCUUGGAGCACACCCAGAGGCCACGAACACCUCGAGCUUUGCUGCUCUUGUCCACUCCUCUGCCCAGGUGCGGGCAGCGUGGGAAGGGGACGCACCGGACCCAUCCGUCACAUCAAAGCAAGGAGAAGAGCCACCUCCUGUGGAAAACCCUGCAGCCGUACAAGGUCUGAGCACCCUCCCCGUGACAUUGCAGCCCUCUCCCUCCAUCAGGGAAGCCCAGCAGCCACAGGAUCCCCCCUCGCUGCGAAGGACGGUGAGGAAAACCCGCAGGUUCGUGGUGGACGGCGAGGAGGUGAGCGUGACGACCGCCAGGACGGCCAGCAGGGCUGGGCCGAGGGACGAGAAGACGCGCUCGGCUCGGCGCCAGGAGCUCCGCGAGCUGCGGGUGCUGCAGAAGGAGGAGCAGCGGGCGCAGAGCCAGCUGGAGCAGAGGUUCCACCAGCAGCGGGAGCAGAUGUUCCGCCACAUCGAGCAGGAGAUGACGAGCAAGAAGGAGUACUACGACCGGGAGGUGGGGAGCUGGGAGCGGCGCCACCGGCAGCUGAAGGAGUGCCAGGAGCUCAAGUACACGGCCAGGCUGCGUGACGAAGCCAAGCGCCUCAAGGCCCUCCAGGAGAAGGACUGCAGGAGGAGGCUUCAGGAGCUGAAGGGCGAUGGGAAGGAGGUGAGGGUCUGGGACGGCGCUGUCCCCCCCUGGCUGUGCCACCAGGACAUGUGCCACUGGGGACCGUCUGCUUUGGGGCCGCAGGAGCAGCGGUUCCUGCAGCAGCAGCAGCAGGAGCUCAACGCGGCGCUGCAGAGGGUGGUCCAGGAGCACAAGAAGAAGAUGACGUCCAUCGACUGGGAGUGCAUCAGCAAGAUCCACAGCCUCCGACGAGCCCGCGAGGCGGUGGUGUGGAGCAUGGAGCAGGGGCACCUGCAGGAGAAGUACCAGCUCUUCAGGCAGCAGGUGACGGAGCAGCACGCGCUGCAGCGGCAGCAGCUCCGCAGGCGCCACGAGAAGGACACGGAGCGGGCGCACCGCUUCCACCAGCUCUCGCUGGAGGAGCUGAGGAGCCAGCAGGCCCAGGAGCGGGCCCAGCUGCUGAAAAGCCAGCGCUGCGAAGCCAAAACGCGCCUGGCCCUCUUCAAGGGCAACCUGAAGAGCCAGGUCAACGGGGCCGAGCAGAGAGAGCUGGCCAAGCAGUUCCUGCAGCAGGAGGAGAGGCGGCAGCAGGCGGAGGUGCGGCAGCAGCAGGAGCAGCAGGCGCAGGAGCUGCAGCAGCUGCAGCGGCAGCAGGCCGAGAGCUUGGUGGAGCUGGAGCAGAUGCAGAGGGAGAAGAUGCAGCUGCUGGAGGACCAGGAGAGGAGGCAGUUGGGGCGGCGGACGAGGAGCAUGCCAUGGAGCUCAGCGAGUGGAAGCAGCGGCUGGCUGCCCGCAAGGAGAUGCUGGAGGAGGAGCUGGGGAACGCGCUGCCAGCGCAGCGGCACAGAGAGCUGCACGGCACCCACGGCGGCAGCAGGACCAGCCGCUUCUUCCACCUCCCCUCCUGACACUACGCCGGGGGUUUCGGGGAGAGGCAGGCGUCCUCUGCGAGGUGGGACUGAAGGACCCAAAGACUGCCCCAGGAUGCUGAGGUGCUGCACAGACCACAGGGGCGGCAGGCAUGGGAGUGUUCAAGCCCUCCUCGGUCCCCUCCAUGCAGCCAGAACGGCCCCAAAGCCCCUCGGGGAAGUCACCCCCCUGACCCCAAAGCCACGGAUACAGGGAUGUUGCCCUCCUGCCAGCUGGUUACCCCUCGAGGAAAUACAGCCUUUAACAAAGUCCCUGUUUGUCAUUAUUUUACUAAAAACCUCCUGCCUGUGAUGUGAGCUGCCAGCG